AUCCAUUAAAUGAGGGCGUGCAAAAAUGAAACAUCAACUGAAACGUAUGGAUUGUUUUAAAACUUGAUUACUAUUGACGGUCAUUGGUACGAGACAACGAUGAACUUAACUACAGCGACCGCCGAUCCAUUCGCCCUAGAAAACUACACGCAGGACUUCAAUUACGGUUAUCCAACCAACGAGACUUAUGAUGAGGGAAAUCAAUUUAUCUUGCCCGUAUGGCGACAGGUGCUUUGGAGCAUCCUGUACGCCGGCAUGGUGCUUGUCGCGACUGGAGGAAACAUGAUCGUCAUUUGGAUCGUCCUCGCCCACAAACGGAUGCGCACCGUCACCAAUUAUUUUUUAUUGAACCUCUCGGUUGCAGACACAAUGGCCUCGACGCUGAAUGUAAUUUUCAACUAUAUCUACAUGUUAAAUUCGCACUGGCCGUUCGGCGAGCUAUACUGCAAAAUCACGCAGUUCAUUGCCGUCGUUUCGGUGUGUGCAUCGGUUUUUUCCCUGAUGUCCAUUUCGAUAGACAGGUACAUGGCGAUAAUGACACCGCUCCGUCCGAGAAUGGGUAAAACGGUGACGCUGCUCCUUGCCAUGUUCACGUGGAUCGUCGGCAUCUUGCUGGGAACGCCGAGCCUCAUAUUUUACAAGACGCAUCGUCUCGGGGAGGAACGCGUCAUAUGCUAUCCGGAGUGGCCAGAUGGGCCCACUAAUAGGUCCAUGAUAGAGUACAUAUACAACGUUGCAUUCCUAGUGAUCACUUACCUGGUGCCAAUUCUAUCCAUGACAUAUACAUAUGCCAGGAUAGGCAUCGAGCUCUGGGGAUCCCAAAGUAUAGGGGAGUGCACGCAGAGACAAAUGGAAAAUAUUAAGAGCAAGAGACGGGUGGUGAAAAUGAUGAUGGUUGUGGUGAUAAUUUUCGCAGUUUGUUGGCUCCCAUAUCAGCUCUAUUUCAUUGUCACCUCAUAUUUUCCCCACAUCACAAACUCAGAUUAUAUACAGGAAACUUAUUUAGCCAUUUAUUGGUUGGCUAUGAGCAAUUCCAUGUAUAAUCCGAUUAUCUAUUGUUGGAUGAAUGCCAGAUUCCGGCGCGGAUUCAAGCAGUUCUUCUCAUGCCUUCCGUUCGUGAAUGUGAGCCCCGGAGCGCUUACCAGGCGGGAGGUCCUGACCAGCAAACGUCGCUCGUAUUCCGGUUCGCCGGAUCACAAUCGCAUCAUCAGGAACGGAACAUUACGUCUGAAUUAUAUGACAAGACCGAGCCCGACGUCGUCGACGGACACCUAUUAUACGAACCUAAACGACGACAUGGUGCACAUGAAACGACGUCGAGGCUCCGAACUACGUAGCGUCUCCUGACAUAAGUCAACGGCGUCCGCACAGGCGGACGCCACAAACGGUGCCGGAGGCGAUGCGAUGAGACAACGACGCACAUGGAUAUAGUGCCAGACCUCGCGGGCCGCUCCGCUUCCGUGGCACCGCGAGGAAGACGAAGACGAACAGAAUAACGGCAAGGAGACCGUUUUAGAAACAAGAAUGUGAACGAAAAAUCUCGUCUCAAUUUUUGUUUUAUGUUAUUCACAUCAUAUUUAUUGUUGUGAUUGAUUUCAAUAUGGUAUCGAUAUCAUGUAACCCGUUGGUGUUUCUGAAUAGAGAAUAAGCUCAAAAAAUUCUGAUAAUUUUUUGCAACAAUAGUUAUUAAAAACAAUAUGUAUUGAGAAUAAUACUUAUUUUAAAUGUGGCAUAAUUAAUAAUGUUGAAAUGUGUUGUUUACAAUUAACGUAUAAUUCCCAAUAUUUCGAAAUAGGCCUGUACCAGUAUUGUGCACUGACAGACAAACAUAAUUAAGAGAACUAAAUGCUGGUGCUUUCGAUCCAUUUUAAAAUGUCUAAUAUUGUGUGUGCACUUAUAUCACCGAGUCUUCGUAAAACUCCUAUUUAAGCAAAGUACAUAAUACUUG